GAAGCUCCAUUUCUUGGGGAUUUCAUAUCUUGAGUAGGAUGGAAAUCAGCACCCUGAUUUUAUAACGAUUUGGACGACAAAAGUAUGUGUUUUUGAAACAACCACCCCACUAUAUCUGCCUGUUAUCUGGGCCGGCUCCCCUUUUGUCGGUUGACCCCGUUUGGAUUGCGAUCGGUUGGCCAGAGAGAGCGAAGGAAAGGGCGGGGUGUGAAGGUUAAUUUACUUGAAGAAGGGGAGUGAACUAGAGAUCAAGACAGAGCUUGUGGAGGUGAUUGAGAAAAUAUAGAUCUAAGGUGUUAGUGAUGAGGAGCACUAUCCACUAGUUCCCAAAGAGCUGGGCACUGAGAAACUAUAGAUUGAAUGGAAAGUUCAUUUCAACAAAUGAAUACGAAUAUAAAUAAAUCUGGACCAAAUGGCUCUGAAAAACCGUCACCAGUUGAAGAGCAGCAGGAAAAGAUUAAUGAGGUUAGAAAGUCAUUAGGAGAAUUGCCGGAUAAAUUGGCAAUUUACUGCUCUGAUGCUUCAAUAUCAAGAUAUCUAAGGGCAAGGAACUGGAAUGUCAAGAAGGCUACUAAAAUGCUGAAAGAAACCUUGAAAUGGAGGUUUGAGUACAAGCCUGAAGAGAUUCGCUGGGAUGAGGUUGCCCACGAAGCUGAGACAGGCAAAAUCUACCGAUCAAAUUAUGUCGACAAGUAUGGGCGGACUGUUCUUGUCAUGAGACCCAGUUGCCAGAACACGAAGUCAACAAUAGGGCAAAUUAGAUACUUGGUAUAUUGUAUGGAGAAUGCCAUUUUAAAUCUGCCACCAGAUCAGGAACAGAUGGUCUGGCUGAUUGAUUUUCAAGGCUUCAACAUGUCACAUAUAUCCGUGAAGGUAACACGCGAGACAGCUCAUGUUUUACAGGACCGCUACCCAGAGAGGCUGGGUUUGGCGAUCUUGUACAAUCCGCCGAAGUUCUUUGAGCCAUUCUGGACGGUGGUGAAACCCUUUCUAGAGCCAAAGACUUCCAGGAAAGUGAAGUUUGUUUACUCCAAUGACCUUGGCACCAAGAAGAUAAUGGAGGACCUCUUUGAUAUGGAGAAGCUUGAGAGCACAUUUGGGGGGCUUAAUCAGGUGGGUUUCAACAUAAGAGAUUAUGCAGAAAGGAUGAGGGAAGAUGACAAAAGGAUGCCGUUGUUUUGGAUGAGAGAGAAUCACCAAGCAUCUUUAGAACUGCCCCCAGUGACCAUGCCAAGUUUUAAUUCAGGCAACACGGAGUCGGAUUCUGAUGAUUCUGUUAAAGAUCAUGCAGACCAUUCUUCCCCUCAUAAGCUUGCUUCCAGAAAGCACUCAUCUGCGGAUGAUUCACCAGAGGCAAAUGGUGGUGCAAAUGGUGGAGAAGAUGUACGGUCUGGUGUGGGAUCUAUUAGCCUGGAGCCUAGCUGUAACGACAAGGCAACAUGAUCCCAAUGUGACAACAGAGUGCGCUAACUUUUCUUAAAAUGUAUGUGAGUGGACAUUUCUCCAGCUAAAAAUCAAUGCAGGAAAUUUUUUUUUUACUUGGUUAAUGAUUCUGUUGGCAUCAAUCUUUUGAAAUCUGAACAACAUUUAACUUUUAUUCUAUGAAGUUCUGCUUUGCAGAUUGAAUUAUAGUGUGCUGUUCUUUCAUUCAA